AGGAUAACCAAGACAACAACGGGACAAAGAUGGCGACAGCUUCAGCAAUGGGACGUCCACUGGCGUCCAGACCCUCAGAUAACCAAAAGGCGCCAAGGCCAUGCAGCAACUGCAACUUCAUCCUUUAUCCCAACAGGAAGAGCACCAGCGACACGGAUGGGAACGACUGCGCCAACCUCAGCCAUCUCCACCUCCGAGCUAGCAUGCUUCAGGUUGUCAUGGAGAAGCAGUUCAGCCAGAAAUGGACAGAGAUCAAAAUAGUCCUCUGGACCUUACCUGAACCACCGGAUCCGGACCUCCAGCACAUUCAACAGCCAGCCUGACAAAAUGAAAACUCGUUGGAGGAGAGUGACAAGGAAGGCGGUCGGACAGGAGCAGCGGCGGCGGCAGUGGCGGCGUGUUUCCUCAGCCUGUCUGUCUGUCGGGGAUGCUGGCUCUUGAAGUCUGACAGGGUGAAUUGCUUGCCAGAAAAAUCCUUGCUGCAGGGGAAGGUCUGACCUCUGCUUCGUACAAUCAACGCCAUGAGUGUUGUCAGAGAAUUACCCGGGAUCGGGUUCAGGGGUGGUGGAGGGGUUGCGGCCUCUCUUAGCGGCCCCGCUCAUUUUACUGAAGAUGCCCCACGACCUCCAGUACCCGGCGAGGAGGGAACGGAUCUGGACCCCCCAAUCCAGUCGGUCAACACCCGUCCAAACAACCUUUCCCAAGUGCUCGGCUGUCCCCCUUCGUCAAAGAUGGGGGAUUUGUCUGGCUACGCCCCCUCGUCGUCAUCUGCGACGCCUCGUCGCCCCGACCUGGACUUGGGAUAUGAACCUGAGGGCUCCGCUUCUCCAACGCCACCUUAUCUGAAGUGGGCCGAGUCACUACACUCUCUACUGGAUGACCAGGAUGGCACUCAGCUGUUCAAAAACUUUCUGUGCCAGGAAGGGUGUGCAGACCUGCUGGACUUUUGGUUUGCAUGCUCUGGCUUCAGACAGAGCAGCCAGGAGAAAAGGGCAAAGCUGGCCAAAGCCAUCUAUAAGAAGUACAUAGUAGAUGGAAGUGGGAUCGUCUCGAGGCAGAUCAAAGCAGCUACCAAGAGUUUCAUCCGAGACUGCGUGGGAAAGCAGCAUCCGGAUCCUGCCAUGUUUGACCAGGCACAGACAGAGAUCCAGGCCAUGAUAGAGGAGAACACAUACCCUUUGUUCCUUAAGUCAGAUCUGUACUUGGAGUACACACGGACCGGAGGAGAAAGCCCCAAACCCAACCCCAGUGACCAGAGCCCCUCUUCAGGUCCAGCCAAGUCCAGUCCUGGAUACCUGCCGACACUUGCUGAGGAUGAAGAGUGGAGGUGUGGAGGGGGUGCAAGGGAGAUGGAAGAGGAGAAAGAUGAAGAUUGUGGAAACACACCAGCGAGCAGACUGACUCACAGCCUGCUGAUGCAGACGGCGCCACAUCGAGCUACAACCAGCAGGAGAAGACAGGACAGCAGAGAGUACAGGCCGUGGAGAGAGCCUGUCAACCCCUACUACGCCAACAUGGGUUAUGCUCGGGCUCCAGCAACCAGCGCUAAUGACAGCGAACAGCAGAGCAUGUCAAGUGACGCAGACUCAAUGUCACUAACCGACAGUAGUGUAGACGGUAUUCCUCCAUACAGAUAUCGGAAGCAGCAUCGGAAAGAGAUGCAUGAAAGUGCCAAAGCCAAUGGCCGUGUGCCUUUACCGCAUAUACCUCGCACUUAUUGCAUGCCAAAGGACAUCCACGUAGAGCCGGAGAGGUUUGCAGCAGAGCUCAUCAGCAGGCUGGAGACCGUUCUCCGAGAAAGAGAAGCAGAGGAACGACUCGAAGAGAGGCUGAAGAGAGUACGACUGGAAGAAGAAGGGGACGAUGCAGACAUCUCCAUGGCAACCUCCAUCUCCUCUCACAACAUACCACUUCCCCUCCCCUCGUCAUUUCCCCCUGUAUAUGGUGCCCGUUAUUCAGAGACCACUGCUAAUGCAGCAACAGGCGCUACUUAUGGCAGUCUGGUUGCCAUGGAGGAUUCCCAAGAUGAUGACCCAGAAUCUAUUUUGGAUGAACACGUUCAGCGGGUGAUGAAGACGCCAGGCUGUCAGUCCCCAGGGGCGGCCAACAGCACCUUAGGAGGAGGUAGACAUACCCCUCCCAAAUCAUCCCGCUCACCUGAUGGGGGAAUUGGGCUGCCUCAUUACCCCCCACACCGAGGCGGAGGUCAUGGCUUGUCUACUGCUGGGGUCAAAGGAAUGCAUUAUCAUAAGCAGCCGUACCACCACAGAGGGAGAGAAAGCACGGAGGAGGCGGGCAGUAGGCCUCAGGCUAACCUGCUGUGGAACGGGGAACCAGCGAAUCAAUACACAGGAAGAAGGAAUUAUGCAGACGGAGCUGGAGCCAGCGUUCUUGAUGGAAUGGGUUACAGUAGUAAAGGCAGCACGCUAUCGAGAAGAGGUUGUAAGAAGACGGAAACUGUAGGCAAAGCGGAGGAGGGCGGCCGUGGCGCAGAAACUCAAGUGCCACUAGAGGAUCUGGAGAGGAACCAGAAGAUUCUGCAAUGGAUGAUGGAGGGAGACAGACAAAGGAAGAGCACUCAUGGUAGCAGCACCAACAGUUCUCGGCGGACAGGAACUAGCAGUGAGUCCCGUCCAGCAUCUGUGGAGAAACCCGGAGCUGUGCACCCCUGGGUCUCUGCCCAGCUGCGGAACAACCCCUCAUCAAUGUCCAGCGCUAUUCCGGGCUCCACGUCCGCUCAGAUCCAGCCUUCACACCCGUUCAUCCAAGACCCCGCGAUGCCUCCCAACCCAGCUCCCAAUCCCCUCACUCAGCUGGAGGAGGCUAAAAGGAGGCUGGAGGAGGAGAGGCGGAGGGCUGCUCUGCUGCAGGCCAAACAGAGGCAUAAGUCUGGAAAGAGGCAACUGUGUGAAAACAUGACCGUUGCUUACUACUUCUGCGGCGAGCCGAUCCCGUACAGAACAUCUGUCAAAGGACGAGUCGUCACCUUGGGCCAGUUUAAGGAGCUGCUUACCAAAAAGGGCCACUACAAAUUCUACUUCAAAAAAGUGAGCGAUGAGUUCGACUGCGGUGUCGUUUUUGAGGAAAUUCGGAACGAUGAUGACAUCUUGCCCAUCUUUGAGGAGAAAAUCGUUGGAAAGGUGGAGAAGAUUGAUCGAAACCUGGGAACAUGAAAAGCAAACAAAGGUUUUUAAAGGAAGCAAUUGGCUGAGAAUGGAUUGCUAGACGUUUGACUGCAAGAAACCGGAUGUCGGGAAGUUAAAUAAAAAAACAAAAGGUGGACGGAGCAAUGUGCGACAGAAGGGAAACUGCUGCAAACAAGAGGCGGAGCUUGGAGAAAGAAGUUGUGGGGCGUGAAUGACCCUGCCAGUGCCUGGCUUGAACCGACUUAAGGCAAAGAACCUUGAACGGAUGUGCAGGAGUGGCAGAAAAAAAAUAUCACCCGUCAUGUUUUCAUGGUGGAUUUUGAAGGUUAGUUAAAAAACUUAAAAAAAUAAAAAGUCUGAUCAGUCUUCCGCAUGGAUGGAUGGAAAAAGGUGAGGAAACUUCUGCAAGAAGUUCUGAAAGUAGUCUUCCACUUCUGCUCUGGAAGCGCCUAUCCUUCGAAGACCAUUACGAUGCUGCUACAUUACCACGGAAACUCUUCAAUUGGUGCUCGGGACAGUCUGCUCCUCAACGUCAGGCGAUGAGAGGAGACGACGGGAAAGGGGGAUGUGGAACUUUAUUAUUAUUUUUUGGCCUGCUUUUUCUCUCAUAGCCUCAAACAGAGAUCCUUGCUCAUCCUUGAUUCCUAGAUGUCACACGGUGAUCUCUCACAUCCACGCGUUCAGAAACCCACGUCUGAGUCACCCGUUUACCAAAGUAACAUGCUUGUGAUCAAACAAGUACCCACGCUACUUGUUUCAAUUUCAUUAGAUUUGUAUAUGUACACGCCAGGUACAGUUACCUAUCAGCAGCUUAGUUUUGUCAUCUUAUCGUGUAUUGUUAAAGUUUUGAAGGUAGUUUGUUUGUCAUACUAAGGCAGCCUUUUUUUAUUUUUUUUGUCCAUACAAACGUGUUUCUGCACCUCACUUCAAUGCUGUCUGCACCUGAGCAGGUGUUUAAAAAAAAAAAAAAAGAAAUCUCCAUGGCUGUAUUAUUUUUUUUUCUCACUUGAACUGUCAAGAUUCUGACUUGUUCUUGAUGAAUCUCAUUUCCCCUCUCUCGGCUUGAUGCUAAGCUCGUUGGGAUGCCUGCCCGGCCAGUGCCAAUUCUUUUGUAGAAACUUUUUCUAGAAGUGCGUUUUUGAGUGAGUUAGCUCGCGUCUGUCUUUUAUGCUGGAAAUCAGCCAAAGAGCAUUACACUUCCUGUGUCCCAACGCGCACCUUUUCUUAAGUGGAGCCCCCACAUGAAACGUUUUCAUCAGAUUCAUAGAUGUCCUCGCUGAAAAUUUACAUUUUCUACAAAAAAAAAGUGUUCAAUGUUUUGGGAUAUUGCAUACGGUUGAUGCGAUUAUAGAUAAAGAAUCUGUACGGAGCCAAAGCUGGCUUUUUUUUAUUUUAUAUAUAUAUAAAAGAAGCAAAUGUAAAAGGGAAAGUAGUUGGUGAGGCAUUUACAUGGAUAUUGCAAAACAUGCUAGCAACGUUCAGACACUGAAUGUGAUUCAGUCCUUAGUGCAUUUUGAAAUUAAUUUAUAUAUUCAGUCAAAACUGCUGGUUUUGUCCAACCCAUAGCCAAGAACUUAGAGGAACUAAUGUCACAGGACUAAUGUCUUGGUUGUUAUUUGGUCGCAGGUUCAAGCAGUCCUCAAUUACAAAAAAAAAAAGAGUGGAAGUUGAGGUAGAUUCAGGCCGGCUGCUUCCACCAGUGACCUCCUCCCACUUUAGAUAACUUAAUUGUUGGAUGGUUUCAUUUAAAUGUUAAUGGGAACUGAGCGCUUUGAAGAAACAAUGACUGAUUCUCUGAACUGUAUUACAGAAAAGCCUUCACAUUAUUGUGCCAUGAAACCAAUUGGACUAGUGCAUUAACACCUACGCCAAAUGUGUGCUUUUUAUUUGUCUGUGUGUGCUUUUUGUUUGUCUGUGUGUGUGUGUGUGUGUGUGUGUGGUGGUUAAGCUCUUGCCAACACCCUCUACUACAGGAUUACUUAUCAUUACAGUCUUCAAUCUUAAACUGUGGCCCCUAAUCUUAAUCUGUGUCGUUUUAUGUUUGUAGUUUAUUGAAUGUGCUUAAAGAAAAAACUUUUUUUUUUUUUUUUAGAUUUAAAGAAAUUCUUUGGUCCAGCAAGGGAAGCAAGAUCCCUAAACUCAUCUGUCUGUAAAAAUCAGUUUUGCCUUCAGUAUAAAAGUAUAAAUAUGUAUUUGAUUAUUUUAAAAAGGAAAAGAAAAUGGUAUUCACAGAGCAUGUUCUUUAUAAUGAAUGUUUUCUGGAUGAGUUGACUUAUCUAUUUAGUUCCAUAUCUGUGCAAAACGCUAUCGGCCCCCUGGUAGCUUGUCGGUUUUAAUUUGGACACAGAUGGACGUUAAAUGAAAACGUGUUGAGAGUUCUUUCUUGUGAUUUCGAUUUAAUAACUGAAACAACUGGACAUGCUGCCGUUGUUUUGUGUGAAACACAGUGCCUUGUAUCAUGUUGUCUUUUGUGUUAUCUCUAAAAAAAAGUGUUUAUUGAACCAAUCCAUGUUUUUACUGUAAGGUUUUGUUUUUUUAGUCAGUACCAUUACAUUUAUGGCUUUUCCUCACCUCUGUUGAAUUCAGCUGUGUUGUAAAUAUGUACAUUAUCAUUUCAUACACAACUUCAGACCUGCACCACAGGCCCAUGGUGUUUGUUUUUUCAACACCGAGAUGUCACUGUGGUAGUUUUACUUGUACAUUUCUUUUAAAAAAGGUACUUCAUAAUAAAGAUGUUAAAUAAG